GAAAGUCCGGGGCGGAGUCUGCUGCUGCGGGAAUAACAGCGAGGAGACGCGAGACGCCAGGAUAGAAGUUCGUAGACACCUGCGGGAAUCUCCAGCUCUCUGUGACGCCGUGUACAUCCGUGAGUUUGUCCCGUACUCUGUUGAAGCCCGGGGACAGUGACCUAAACAGAGAUGACCUGGACAGUCCACACGUGUCUUAUCACGCUCGCCAUCCUCUGUGUUUGGCAGGCUGAAGUAGCAGAAACAUGCCGCUGCAUGAGACAUCCUCAGGAGCAAUUCUGCUCCGCAGACGUGGUUUUGAAGGCAAAAGUACUUGGAGGGCUCAAGGUUGUAAGAGCUAAGCAUGGAAGCCUAAGCUUGAAAGGGUACAACAUCGAAGAGCUCAAGUCAUUCAAAGGGAACUGCAUUAAAAUUCAUACCAUCUAUACGUUCACCACCUCCUCUCUGUGUGGGAUAACUCUGAAGUAUAACACGGAAUAUCUCCUCUCAGGCUCAUUUCUGGACGGGAGGCUGCAUGUCAGCUCCUGCGGUUUAGUCAGACAGUGGGAUACGUUGACUGACAGCCAGAGGGAGGGCGUGGUCUCCCAGUAUGAACAGGGCUGUGGUUGCAAGAUCACUCACUGCUACUCUUGGCCCUGUGCCGCCCGCAGCUCAGCGGAGUGUCUGUGGGGUAAUGAACCGACAGAGAUAAAGCUCUUUGGAAAACGGACCAUAGGCUAUACUUGUACCAUGAAGAGUGACAAGUCUUGUGCCUGGUGCAAGAACGGCGGAAAAGAUUGCAUUGUUGCUUAACUCUGCCACUAUGCCACAGAGUGAUCAGAAGACAAAUGCAAUAAAUAAAGUCAUCUCAGUGUUACUUAUUUUAUUUUCCUCUGAUUGAACACAUUUUAAUUCAGCGCUUUCUAAAGCCUCUACCCCACAAUCUAAAGCACUUUCUUAUAAACCGCCUUGCUUUCAAUUGAAAUAAAGGGAUAUGCAUCACAA